GUCUUCUCAUCCAGCAAAGAGACAUGCACAGAUCAGCAUGCUAACCUCUCACCACCAGUGCUCAAAGCAUUACAGAUUCUCAAGUUCUCUUACAAGCAAGACUGGCUGGAUUUCACAUUGCAUUUGGUUGCAGAAGAAACAUAUUACAAUAUUUUGGGGCCUGUGUCUAGGAAUGCCAUAGAUGAGCUUGUGGCAGCAGGCAAGCUCAAUGAACUUGCUCAGCUGCUUGCAAAUGAAAAUGAGGAAGCUUAG